CCCGGCCCGGCGCCGCGACCCUUUUAAAGCGUGGCGGGCGAGGCCGGGCAUGGUGAGGCCGGCGGCAGAGCCAGCGGCGCGCCGAGCUUGCGGGCGCGGCGCUAGCAGCCUUGAGCGCCCAGGGCUGUCCUCUGCGGGCCUCUCCCGCGCCCCGCGGGGCCCCGCCAUGCGCCCGGGCUAGCGCGCCGCCGCCGGCAUGCUGCGCCCGCUGCUGCUCGCCGCGCUCUGCCUGGCCGGCCGCCCGGCGCCCGCCCGCGCCUGCCAGUUGCCCUCCGAGUGGAGACCCCUGAGCGAGGGCUGCCGCGCCGAGCUGGCCGAGACCAUCGUGUAUGCCAAGGUGCUGGCGCUGCACCCUGAGGUGCCCGGCCUCUACAACUACCUGCCCUGGCAGUACCACGCCGGCCAGGGCGGGCUCUUCUACUCGGCCGAGGUGGAGAUGCUGUGUGAUCAGGCGUGGGGCAGCAUGCUGGAGGUGCCCGCCGGCUCCAGGCUCAACCUCAGCGGCCUGGGCUACUUCUCGUGCCACUCCCACACCGUGGUCCAGGACUAUUCCUACUUCUUCUUCCUCAGGAUGGAUGAAAACUAUAACCUCUUGCCGCAUGGAGUCAAUUUCCAAGAUGCCAUCUUUCCCGACACUCAAGAGAACAGAAGAAUGUUUUCCAGCCUCUUCCAGUUUUCAAACUGUUCGCAAGGGCAGCAGCUGGUGACUUUUUCGAGCGACUGGGAGAUCCAGGAGGACAGUCGGCUCAUGUGCUCCUCGGUGCAGAAGGCCCUGUUUGAGGAAGAGGACCACGUCAAGAAGCUGCAGCAGAAGGUGGCCACGCUGGAGAAGCGGAACAAGCAGCUCCGCGAGCGAGUCAAGAAGGUCAAGCGGUCGCUGCGGCAGGCGCGCAAGAACGGCCGCCACCUGGAGCUGGUGAACCAGAAGCUGAAUGAGAAGCUGGCGGCGGCCGCCGCGCUCCCGCACAUCAACGCCCUGGGGCGGGAGCCCCCGCGCGCCCCGUACCUGCGCGGGUAGCGCAGGUGCACCGGGCUGCGGCGCCCGCCUCGCCUUUCCAGGUGGGAGGUGGGAUGGGAGAACGACGGAGCUUUUGUUAGGUGCACCUGUUUCAAACCUGGUAGGAAUUUUUAUUAUGCACUUGGUAAGGUCUAUUUGGAUUAAAAAAAAAAAAAAGCACAUCUGAUUUUCCCCGUGGGUACUGACCUCGCUGGCCUCCGCCUCCACGCCCUGCCCUUUCCCGCCCUGGCCCCUAACACCUGCCUGGAAGUCCAGAGGCAGCAGGAUGCUCCGGGUGCUCUCUGCUCGCCUGCUUCCUCCCAGGAGCAACCCGGAAGUGCGUUUACUUUGGGCUCUGUGUACAAGGUGGCAAGUGGCUCAGCCUUCAUCUCAGCAGAGAAUCGGUGUGGCUGUCAGCUCUCAGAUCCAGCAAGCCCUGGAACGUCCGCCGGCUUGCCUGCGUCUUUAAAAGGAGGACGCCCAUCCACGAACCCCACCCAGCUGCAGCCAACAGUCCCCUGUCAACUGAGGCUGGUUCAGGCUGGAUUCGCUCAUUCAGCUGAAGGAACUGAGUUGGGAACGAGGCAGCAACAGGUAAUGAAGCAAGUUCAUUUACACCUGCCUCCCGGUACCAGCUCCCUAAGGUUGAAGACGAUGUCGACAGAGGGUUGCAGCCGGCGGUGCUAAAUUGGAAGCAGCUGAGAACCAUCUCAACCACUGCUCAACUCUUGACUUGCUUGCUCAGUCAUUACUUCUAGCGUCCUGAAUGCAAGGUCAGAUGCCCCCUGCCUAAAACAGCUCUGGACUCUUGUGCUGCCAGAGACACCUCCUUACCUACUGGGAUCAAGGUGACCUCACCUGAUUCCCAUCCGGGUCCCUGAAGGCUUGUUGCAGGCAUUGCUGUCUCUGCGUGUUGACACAUGCACCUGCUCCUGGCUCCCCAAGGCCCGCCCACACCUUGAGGAUCAUGUCUGCACAUCAGCAUGCUUGUUAUUAGGUUAGCCAUUAGCAGGAGCAAAGCACUUUUAUCCUCACUGGAAAGACAGUACUGCCAGUAAAAAAGGGAGCACACUGUACUUCCCACUCAAGCACAUUUGAUCCGAAGUUGGUUCAGUGGCUGCCUCUCGCCUCUCCCCUUGAUGGCCCUGCAAGCCAACAGAUGCCCUUCCCUGCUGUUUGACCAACAGUCACCGCUGGCCCCUCACCGGGAUCUGCCAGCCAGAGGCCCCCGCAGACACUGCAGGGCCUGAUAUGCUGUCAUCUCCGGCGGAAAUGGCAGUGACUGUCAGAUUUCUACUCUUCUGCCUUUAGGAGAACCGGGUGCUUCUUGCUCUGGCCAGCCAGUCUAGGGAGAGGAGCCUCGUGUCACUCAAGUCUAGGUGACAGCCUAGUACCGCGGGAGAGACAUCUGUGCCCUGGAUUGGAUAGGAAGGGGACUUCUGCCCAGGGCACACACGCCGCAAGCUUCUGCCACCACUUUCUUAGCUAUAGUCUUCCUAGUAUGGUAUGACAGAAGCUGCACCUUCUAGUUUAUUCUUGCUGAGGACGUUUCAUGAAAGCAGGCUUGCUCCCACCCUCGGGAAUGGUGAGGCCAAGGGUGGCGAGCAGCUGGCGCUUGGAGAACUGGGGGAGCUGGAUCCCUACAGGUGCAUGACGUUCUGCUUUUCCAAUAAACAAGAGCAGCGGUUUUCAACCACAA